AGAUGGAAGAGGAUUCCAUCAUAGCACUCGUUCCCGCUUCACAGCAGAUUGUUCUGUCUCCAACACUUCGACACUCAUUUCCAAGCCUUCCUGUAAAUACUUCAUUUACUUUGAUGCUUAAGGAAUCUCCAGCCAUAGAGCAAUUAGAAACACCAGAAACUCCUGAUAACAACUCUAAACCAGUGUCCUAUACAUUAGAUACGCUUUCAGUAAUACUAUCUGCACUUUACUGUAAGCUUCUUAUAGUUCUAGGUUUGGCACUACCAAUCACUAAGAUUAUCACCACAACAGUACCUGCAGAAUUUUAUGAUUUCUUCUACAUAUAUUUAUAUGGAGGAAGUUUAGCUUUUAUUUUAACUGUGCAUUUGAUUUCAUUUAAGAAGAAAGCUGUUAAGAAAAUACAGAGUAAAUGUUCAAAAAAUUCACAUGUGAAAAAAAAUGAUAAGCCAGCAACGACAAACCACUAUGGCAGUUUCUACUUGCGCCUGGGUGCUUCUUCUUUCGGGAUCGGAAGCAUGGUUUAUUCAGGCCUAGAGUUGGGAGAGCACUUCCUAGUCGCUGGAACUGCGUGCAACAAUAUUAUAAUCAGCGCUAUUAAACCGGUACUCAGAAUGGCCUUCGCCUUACUCCAAAUACAUUUUAUAUUCCUCAGCGAUAUAAAUGUAAAGAAGGCUCGAUUUCCAUCAAUAACAAGAAUGUGCUUGGGCCAUAUGUUAGCUACCAAUAUUGCCGAGUGGCUCUCCGUUGUAGUUGAAGAGACUAAACACGAAAUUCAUCAUCUCCAUUCUAUUGACAAACACCACAAUGAUGAUGUAAAUCAUUACAACACUCAGAACUGUACUAAUCCUACUUCAGGGGUUCUAUUAAGUGGAGCUACGGCUUAUCUUUUCCCAUGUGCCAUCGAAUACAGCUUAAUAUGUGCCGUUACUUUAAUAGAAAUGUGGAAGGAUGUUCAUAUCGGUCCACCAAUUAAAACCGAAGAGAAACCUCAAAAGGAAAUUUUUCCAAAACAAGAAAAUAAACAGUAUGCUGUGGAUUGCACAAAUUCUGAAAAUGGACUGGUUGGCGGAUUGCUUAUUAAUGUAUAUACGCUAAUAAGUUUAUUGGUGUUUUUUGCUUUACACGAAAAACGACAGGAUGCAGCCUAUUGGUGCCUUACAGUUUGUGAUACAAUUCUUAAUGCCUCGUCCCUUUUAGCUAUUGCCAUUGCAUCUUUUGAGAUGCGGAAUAUGGCUUACUGUGUACAUAGAUUCAAUACUAAAGGUUCAUUGAAGUUGGGACUUGAUAUUUCCCUGCUUUUGAAGGCACAGUUUGGAGUGUAUUUGUAUGCAGUUUUUUCUGCCAUUGCAUGCUAUUUCACUCCAGAAGCAUCAAUAUGGCCUGAUUUAUUUACAAUUACCCAGACUUCGAUUCAAACCUUGUUUAUAUUAGACAGUUGGUGGAAAAGAUGCUUAACACCAAGAGAACAAGAAAAGAAGCCGGGAAGGCAGAGCUUGACAUAUUUACGCUUGGUAAACAUAGCGAUGUGGACUACUACCAUAACGGAGAGGAAUAGAGCCGAACUGAGGCCUCUACAACUCGCGUUCUACGGGAAAUGGCCAUGGACAAUAAUUACUCAUGCUUCCAUGCCACUCGUUGUUUUUUAUCGUUUUCAUUCAACGAUUUGUUUCUUUGAAGUAUGGCGUAAUGCUUACAAAGGAAUACAUACGAUCCCAGACACAGAAUUAAUGUUUUGA